AUGCGUACACCAAAUACGUGUUAUCCUGAAGAAAAUGAGAUUUUGUUCAUGCCUGGUGCGACAUUGAAAGUUGUAAGUGAUCCUCUACUUCAUCAUGGUAGUGUACAUAUUGUUCAUCUGAAAGAGAUUGGAAAUGAUAAUGAUAAAUUUACAACAGCCACAGCAAGUGCCAUAACUGAUAAAAUGAGUGGCAUGAAAAUAUCGAGUAACAAAGAAAUAUCAAAAAAUGUAAAAAAUGCCGAUAUUAUUGAUCACGUAGUAUCAAAGUUUUCAACAACUACACAAAUUGAAUCAAUUUUGUCUUAUGCCUGUAUAAUGGAUACCUUUAAAGUUUACUUUUCUUAUGGACGAUGUAUUCCAGCUUGCGGAAUAAGAGCUGUACAUUUUCAGGGUACAUUGGAUGAUUGGCAUUUAUUGAAACAUAAGACCGAACAAUUGAAAAUGUAUACCAAAACUGGUGAUGAUUAUUGUCAAUAUUUAGAUAAUGUAUUACCAAUAUUAGAUGAAUUUAUUAAAACGUAUCAGGGACACAAAACAUGCUACAUCGUUGGUGGAUUUCAUGGUGUUCAUAGUGAAAGCCAUAAACAUAAACCUGUUAUGAGUUUGGCCGUGAUUGAAGAUUUAUCAACGGUAACGAGUCUUGACGGUGCUUAA